AUGCUACACAAAACGGUUCGCGUGCUGUUGAUUUCCGGGCACGUCGCGUGUGUUAUCCGGCUGUGGCACAUUCGCUGCCGCCGCGCAUCGGUGGGUGCCCUGGAGGAAGCGAAACUCCUGGCUCCUGAUGAUCUGCAGUACACCAGGGAACCUCUGCAGUACCAGACGUCAAGAGUGCGAGGGGAACCCGCGCCUGAGGGAACCUCCGUUGGCUUUGCAGCAGCGGGACCUCUGCCGUAGGCAACACCUUGAUCCCAUGCACAAGGCGGUCCUCUGCAUUGGGGAACCGCAUCCUCACCAACGCUGAGGAGGCGCUGCAUAAGGGAACCUCAACCCGAAAAUUGCAGGGGGACACCCCCCUACUUUGGGAUGCGAUCUUCUUUUUGAUUCCUGCGCGGUGGCUGAGAGGAAGGUGAUACGAGUUCGAAUUCCCAUUUGCUCGUAUUGGUUUUGUGGCAGGCAGAGAUAGAAUUGCGUACUUUCUUUAGCUGGUAGUGGUCUACUGGCUGGUAAUUUCGUAUUGUUUACUAUAUUGCUGAUAGUGUGUGCUGGCUCUGUUAAAGAAAUUCGUAUUUCGUAUUCUUGUCGCUGAUAUUGGAGUGCUGGCUGGUCAAGGAAACCGAUUUCGUUUUUCUUACUGCUGGCUGGUGGAGGAAUACGAUUUCUUCGUAUUUCUGUUCGCUAAUGUUUCGGUGUUGGCUCGUAAAGAAACACAAAAUCGUAUUUCAUAAUGCUGAUAGUGUGUGCUGACUGGUAAGAAAUACUUUUCCGUAUUUCUUAUUGCUGAUUGUUGUGUGCUGGCUGGUUUGUAUAGAAAUACGAUGUGGUCAUUAUGUUCGCGGAUAACUCGUAAAGAAAUACGAUUUGUUCUUUCCAUUGGCUGAUAUCUCGCCAAGAAAUACGAUUUCUUGUUUCCAUUUGCUGAUAUUUCGGUGUUGUUGUUGUCGUACCGGGCACUUCUUGUUGCCGAUAGUUACUUAUGUGCUGGCUGAUGUUGAAGAAAUACGAAAUCAAUCGUGUUUAUCGU